AUGCGAGCUCGGCAAGGACGCCUCCAAGCCACCGAUCAAGCGCCAACUCUCCCAGCGCCCGAUCAAGGCGACGUGAUGAUGCAACAAGUAUUGGAGCAGCUAGCGGAGAUAAAGAGAAAAGUCGAGGAGGUGAGGGUAGAGGCGGCUGAGAGGGAGCAAAAGUGGGAGAGGCGGCUCGAUGCAGCGCAAAUGCUCGACCCCGAGGCGCAUCAGGGCGACACCGAAAGAGUCCCCUCGCCAGCAAGAGGAGGCCAGCUUCGAGGGCGCUUCACGCGCUUCACGCGCUUCACCAACAUCUCGACACCCGAGCCGCAGCUCGACAAUCAAGUCGACCAAACUCUUGCACGCGGCGGCGCAAAGCAAAAAGAUGAAGCUGUGCUCGACCGCACGAACCCAUUGGCAUCGUGUCUGCAAUGGGCGCGACCAAGGAAGGGUAUGAUUGGACCGUUGCAGGGCAAAAAGAAGGCCAUUCUUACGUCGAUCACUUGA